GCAGCAGCGGGCAGAGUCGGCCGCGCGGCUCGGGGCUCAGGCAGGGUCCGACCGCGCGGCAGCGGAGGGAGGGCCGAGGGCUUUGGCUGCGGCGACUUCGGCUUCCCCUGGGAAGCUCCAGGGCAGGAUGCGGCGGAGCCCCCGCUCAGGCUCGGCCGCAUCCUCUCACAAUCACGCACCCGACUUCUUCAGCGAGAACAGCAAUAGUUCCCACAGCGUGACUUCGGGGGACAGCAAUGGGCGCCGGUCCGCUGGGCCGGAGCUCGAGCAGCCCGAGGGCAGAAGGGCCCGGGGCUCGAGCUGUGGUGAGCCCGCCAUAAGCCCAGGAGAGCCCGGAGGAGACACCUGGGCAGGAAGCUCUCGGCCGAAGCCUGCGCCUCGGAGCCACAAAGGCCAGACCGCCUGUGGCGCGGCAACCGUGAGGGGCGGGGCCUCGGAACCGGGUGAAUCUCCUGCAGACUUGGAGGAGCAGCUCGACCUUCUCCCGGCCCUGGAUCUGAGGCAGGAGAUGCCUCCCACGCGGGUGUCCAAGAGCUUUCUGAGUCUCCUCUUUCAGGUGCUGAGCGUAUUGUUAUCAGUGGCAGGAGACGCGCUGGUCAGUGUGUACAGGGAAGUCUGCUCCAUCCGCUUCCUGUUCAGUUCUUUGUCGCUCCUGAGCAUCUUCCUGGCAGUAUUCUGGUGGGGUCUCCUGUACCUGGUCCCCACUUUGGAGAAUGAGCCUAAGGAGAUGCUGACUCUGAGCCAAUACCAUCAGCGCGUGCACUCCCAGAGCCAGCAGCUGCAGCAGCUGCAGAAGGAGCUGAAUAAACUUCACAAGGAGGUGUCCAGCGUGCGCGCAGCCCACAGUGAGAGAGUGGCCAAGCUUGUGUUCCAGAGACUGAAUGAGGACUUCGUGCAGAAACCCGACUAUGCACUGAGCUCUGUGGGAGCCUCUAUCGACCUGGAGAAGACAUCCAGUGACUAUGAGGACACCAACACUGCCUACUUCUGGAAUCGCUUGAGCUUCUGGAACUAUGCUCGCCCACCCUCAGUCAUACUGGAGCCAGAUGUGUUCCCUGGAAACUGCUGGGCCUUUGAAGGUGACCAAGGUCAGGUGGUGAUCCGACUGCCAGGUCAUGUGCAGCUAAGCGACAUCACCCUACAGCAUCCUCCACCCACCGUGGCACACACUGGAGGAGCCAGCAGUGCACCCCGGGACUUUGCAGUCUUUGGGCUCCAAGCUGAUGAUGAGACGGAAGUGUUCUUGGGAAAAUUCAUCUUUGAUGUGCAGAAAUCUGAAAUUCAGACUUUCCACCUACAGAAUGACCCUCCAUCAGCCUUCCCCAAGGUGAAGAUACAGAUUCUAAGCAACUGGGGCCAUCCCCGUUUCACAUGCUUAUAUCGAGUCCGUGCCCACGGUGUGCGGAUCUCAGAGUGGGCAGACAAUGCCACAGGGGUCACUGGGGGACCCAAUUAAAAAUGCUGACGGUUGGAGGAUUGAGAUUUGUGCUAAAGAAAACUGCAUCUGUGCUGGGAGGUCACCUUUGGGGUCAAGCUCUGGCUGCCUAUAGCAGGUCAGUAUGGCAGAACACGGCCCUCAACACAUCCUCUUUAUCUGGAGAAGUCCAGAGUCAUAUAGUAGCAGCAGGUAAUGCUUAUAGUAUCUACCAUAUGCAAGAGAAAGUGUUGUGGACGUUCCACACUGUACACGAUGCAGCUUGAUCCUCAGUACAGAGAAGGAAACUGCUCAGGCGGCAACUCGCUCCACUCAUAUUCGGGAAAAGGAGCACAGGAAUGGGGCCUCCCUCAAGAGGCAUCCGUCUUCACCUGGAGAGUUCUCAGCAGCUGAAGUCAUGCUUAUGCUCAGUCCCUACCCCCAAUUCCUGGAAAUGUCCUCAGUUCUUGCUACAUACAGAUUUAGACGGAAACUCUCCUCUGGCAAACACUGGAAAGCUAAGAUCUGGAAAUUUCUUGGAAACCUUUUGAGCAAAGCUGACCUACGCUUGGUAGCUUUCAUGCAGCUGGUCAUUUCUCGGACCUUAGGUGUAGGUCAUGUGAUGUUCAUCAGAUCUAAUAAUCCUCACUGUAAUGGCUAAAAGAACUGGUCAGGGUGGUGGGAAGUGCAAACAGGCAGUCAAUUAGAGUUCUUAAGGGUGGAGAAAAGAGACUAGCAUGGGUAGUCUCUUGGCUGUUGGGAUCCUUCCUACUGAUAUGUGAGGCAGAACACUUAUCCAUCUACUUAAAUUAGGGUGAUAGUAUUUUGUCAUUGGAAGACAUAAGUGCCUCCCAAUCUAAGGCUGGUCUAGAACUCACUAUGUAGCCCAGGUUAGCAUAAAAUAAAAUUCAAGGCAAUACUCCUGUCUCAGGCACUCCAGUGCUAGGACUGUAGACAUGAACCACCUCAUUAAGCUUCUGUUCAUACUUUUCAUAUAUGUACGUUGAGUGUGCAUACCAUUCUAGUAUGGAGGUCAGAGGAAAACUUUGUAGAGUUAAUUUUCUCCUUCCACCUCUAUCCUGAAACUAGCUCUUGUAGACGGGCUGGUCUAGAACUCAAAGAGAUCCACCUGCCUCUGCCUUCCAAGUGCUGGGAUUAAACGCGUGUGCCAUCACCGCCCGGCUUAAACAGGGUCUUAUGUAAGGGAAGAUGUCCUUAACUCUACAGCUCCCAAAAUAUAUCCAAAGAUAAGCUAAGUGGUAGAGCCCAACUCUAGCAUGACUUAGGCCCUAGGCACAAUUCCCAACACCAAAAACAAAACAAAACAAAUAUAGCCACUGAGCAUUUAUUGAUAAAUGGAUACAUUUUUUAAAGCAAAUUAGCAUAUAUAAAAAUAAAAAUUUUAUAUUGUGUAUAAAAAUAUGAAACAGUAACAGCUGAGGGAAAAAUACUUUGAAUAUGCUGAAAAGAACAACAGAAUGAAGACUCUGACACAUACAGCCCAUGAAGAGGCUACUGAGAAUAAAGUCAACCUAGGAAUGAUCCCUAGCCAUAGGUAGGUAUGGAAAUAAAUUCAAAUUAAAAAUGUGAGA